AUGGAUGUAGAAAUAUCAUCACACACCAAUAUUACUAUGGCAAUUGAUGGUUUACAUGCAAGCUUGAUCUAUGUUGACGAGCUGAAUCCCAGUACUCAUGCCCUCAGCGCCCAACUACAGGGCAUGGCGCGCUGGGAAGCUAUUCUCGACUUCCGCAUCGAGAUCGAACGCUACUGGGAGAACUUGAUCAACAUUACAGGAACACAAGAUCUGCCAGGCCUUGACAUAUUAUUUACUUCCUUCCCUACCCCCGCUCACUUAUACGAAGCUGCUUUGUUUACAUUUCGCCACAUCUUGACAGGUUUGGAGCCUAGUUCUCUAGAGAACGUAUUUGCGCUUUGUAGCUUAUCUUAUAUUGCUUCAAUAUGUUCUCAAAGAACGGGCCAGCCAGAUAUUGACAAUACUUUCCGCGGUAUUGAUAUCUGGCGGGAUUCAAUUGGCAAUCCCCAGCAUCGCCAACUGUUCGACGAGCUCAAUCAACGGCUUUGGGAGGACAAGACAGCAUCCUCGCUCCAAACAGAACAGUUCUCACAUCCAGCCUCUCUUAUCGAUGGCCAGGAUUACAUGGCACCCCAGGGUGCAGCCAUGCACAACAUCUCAUCAUUCGGCGAUUUUGCCGACCCGUUCUGGGGCGGUCUCUUCGAGGUACCCGGUUCUCUCCAUGGGCCUAAUUUCCAGGUGGCAGGCACUGAAGGGACACACCCCACUAUAUCUGACGCCCCAGAGUUCCAACUGCCAUCUGGAGAUCUGCGCCAAUCGGCAGCCAUGAACAUCCUGACAAGCUUCAUCGCCAAUUGCGGAGAAUUGAUCGAUAUUCUCAGUGGACAUGGAGUGACCGCGAAAGGUCCUCAUUCUGAUGUUUCUUUAGAGGUCAAGAACUUCACCCAGGCUCUGAGGCGACAUGACUGCUUCGGAGACCCAUCUGCUCGUGGAAUACUCGCCGUUGUGGGCAGUUGGAAAGGUAUCUAUGCAUUGUAUCUUGUUCAGCAGAAAGGAGACUAA